AUGCCUCUGCCAGAUGCAGACCUGCACCCUGUGGCCACUGGGCCUGCGAAGAGGAUUGUAGACGAACAUGCCGACGAGCAGCCACUUAAGCUCUUCGCAGGGUGGUUCUGCCCGUUUGUGCAGCGGGUGUGGAUCACGCUCGAGGAGAAGAAGAUUCCGUACCAGUACAUCGAAGUCAACCCGUAUCACAAAGGUGAGCAGCUCAUGAGCAUCAACCCGCGCGGCCUGGUGCCCACACUGCAGGUCGGGCCGGGGAGGUCGCUCUACGAGUCGACAGUGGUCUGUGAGUACCUAGAGGACCACUAUCCGGAGCAUGAGCCGCACAUCUUGCCGCCGAAACAGCAAGGCAAGGCCGGCGACGACGAUGCAGAUUAUCAACGUGCCCGGGCUCGGAUCUGGGCCGACUACGUGACCUCACGUGUGAUCCCGGCGUUUCACCGGUUCCUGCAGUUCCAGCCGGAGUCGGGUCAGGACGAGCGGGCCGCGGCCGAGCAGCUCGACAAGCUACGCGGGGAGUACAGGGACACGCUGCUCACGUUUGCGCGGGAGCUAGUCAAAGGCGGUGGCCCAGGCCCGUUCUUUGGCGGCGAGGACCUUGGGCUCGUGGACAUUGUGCUGGCCCCGUGGGCGGUACGGACCUGGGUGCUGGACGAGUUCAAGGGUGGACUGGCAAUCCCGGAGCCCGGCAGCAAGGAGGAACGCGAUGACCAGGAGGCGUGGGCGAGAUGGCGGACCUGGCUGGACGCCGUUACCAACAGGGACAGCGUCAAGAACACGACAAGCGAGCGGGAGCACUACCUGCCCAUCUACAAGCGGUACGCGGAUAACACAGCACAGUCGGAGCUGGCCAAAGCAACGAGGGCAGGUCGGGGAGUGCCUUGA